AUGGGUAUGACGGGUGUUGGUAAAAGCACCUUCAUAUCGCAUUGUACGCACGAGACAGUUGGUAUAAGCGAUCCAGGUGCCCUCGAAUCUUGUACCCAAAAAGUACAAGUCCAUGAAUGUCGAGAUUUCAAACCAUAUGCAAAUGUCUACCUCGUGGACACCCCAGGAUUUGACGACACCAAUCGGACAGAUACGGACAUCCUCAAAUAA